AUGAUUGUUAAAUUCACCAAAUUGGAAUGCCAGGCGUAUGAUAAGAGUUAUGCCGAGUUCAAGUUAUGCCAGCUGAAGGCCGUGGGCAGGGAUAAAAUAGCUCUGAAUAUAAAUGUGAAUUUGCAUGAGAGACCUUUGAACAAUAUAACGCUGAGCGCCCAAUUGUUUCGCAAGAGUCAUGAUUUUCGCCCGUUUUUAUAUAAUGACACCUUUGAUUUUUGCCUUUUUAUGAAGAACUCAAAUCGUUUUCUAUUUUGGAAGACUUUGGUGCAGGAUUUAUCGCACUUCAGCAAUAUUAAUCAUACCUGUCCUUAUGAUCAUGACAUCAUUGUUAAGAAUAUGAUUCUGGAGGAGAGCAUUUUAAAACAUUUACCAUUUCCCUCCAAUGAUUAUAUGAUCCAGUUGAAAAUUUCUUCAUUUAAUGAUUUAAAAAUGCGUGUGAAAAUCUAUAUAGUCAUUGUUGAGUAG